AGGGCGAGACCGAGGAGCCACGCAGGUCGGAAAACACGCCAAAGUCAACAUUUGUUGUCAUGACGCAGUGGUAGGGCACCUUUUUUUUGCGGACACUUUUUUCCCUUUCCACGACGACUUCAGGACUUUCUACCAAAUCAUCUCAACUGUGUGUCUCGCAGCGUAUCCUCCGUGCACCGCGACGGUGACAUGCCCGCUGGUAUGUUCAGCAUAGACAGCAUUCUAGCGGCCAGACCCAGCUGCAAGGACUCGGUGCUCCUGCACCGGAGCGCGCCCGCCGGGGUGCUGUUCUCCAACCUCGGGGGCGACUCGCUGUACACGGCUGCCACGGACUACAGCCACGGACUCUAUUCCCCCGCCGUGUCGGGACCGUCUCCGCCGAUUCAGUCGGUGAACGGCGCGCGGAUAGGAUAUAACAACUACUAUUACGGACAGCUUCACUUGCAGGGCCCCGCGGGACCGACGUGCUGCGGGGCCCUCCCGAGCCUGGGCGGCUCGCAGCAGUGCCCCUGCAUACCAACUGGAUAUGACGGCGCGGGCUCGGUGCUUCUUUCGCCCGUCCCGCAUCAGAUGAUGUCGUACAUGAACGUGGGGACUCUGUCGAGGACUGAGCUCCAGCUCCUCAACCAGCUGCACUGCCGACGCAAGCGCAGACACCGCACCAUCUUCACGGACGAGCAGCUGGAGGCCCUGGAGAACCUCUUCCAGGAGACCAAGUACCCGGACGUCGGCACGCGGGAGCAGCUGGCGCGGAAGGUGCACCUCCGAGAGGAGAAGGUGGAGGUGUGGUUCAAAAACAGACGCGCUAAAUGGAGGAGGCAGAAAAGGUCGUCUUCGGAAGAGUCAGAAAACACACAGAAAUGGAACAAAACGACGAAAACUCCCACGGAGAAAACCGAGGAGAACAAAAGUGACGUGGAAUCAGACAGCUGAUCCCUAACUCGAACCCCGCGCCGCUCCACGGCCGUGAACGCGCACACCUCUUGGCGCGCACCCGUAGAAUCCGUCAGGCGGACUUGUACAUAUUGUGAAUGUCGUGGACUUCGAUUUAUAGCAUUGUGUUCAUGUCCAUACUGUUGCACAGUUGUAUAGUAAAUAUUACAUUUAUAAUUGAUACAUGUACGUACCUAUUUAUAUUUAAUUUAACUUUUUAAAUGUUAUGCGCGCAAUGCCAUGCUUGGUGGAGCUGUUGAUUGACGUGUGGAUCGCAGUGUCACGUUAUACACGCUGGAUAUUAGAUGUUGUAGUUCUGACAUUUGGUCAUCGUCAGGUGUUCAAAAUUAUUAUUCGGUUCAUAUGAGACCUUUAGGUGUAGAGCCGUUUAUUGAUAGAACCGGAGAUGACAGACCGGUGAUAUUUUAUUGACUGGCAAAAUUCGCGACCAUUAAAUGAAUUUAGGACAAAAUUUACCCGACCAUGCAUAUUAUGUGAAAUGUGUUCAAUUUAUUUCAUUUUGUAUUUUAAGGAGAGUUACCUCAAAGAAAAAAAAUCAAUACCUACAUUAAA